AUGUGUUUUGUUAUAGACACGGUCAUUCAGUUCCAGCGGUCGGGAGUGGUCGGCGAGGUGGAGACCGUCGAACAGGUCUUGGUCAACGGAGCACCUCUCUCCAGCUACGGGAAAGACGUCAGUGGCAUUAUCCGUGAUGUAUUGCUGGACAACUACAGCGAGUCUUUUCAACAGGCGUUCGAGAUAGAAGAAAAUGUCCCCAACACCAUGACAAGUAGGCCUAAUGCAUGAAUGAACUUACUGCAACACACUAAUACUGUACACAAACACACAGCCACUGAGGUAAAAUGUGUUUUAUAAUGGAUAUUCGGUGUAUAUUCUGUUUUCUCGCGUCAAUAUUGAACCAAGCAUGCCAUGACUAUGAAGAUGGUAUAUUCUGAAUCAGGGGUGGAUGGACAAAAAUCCACAGAUUAAUUUUUUUGUGUAAGAGCUAUUGAAGAUUGAAAGACGGAAGAAAUAUCUAAAUAAAAAAUAAAUAAAUGAACAGUGGAUUUUUGUCCAUCUUCCCCUGAUUCAGAAUAUAUAAUUGUUACAGUCAUGGCACGCUUUGUGUAAGAGCUUUUGAAGACUGAACAAAAAAUAUAUUUAAAAAAAUUCAACAACAACAACAAAAAAGCGGUGCAUUUUUGUCCAUCCUCCCUUGACUAAGAAUAUACCAUCUUCAUAGUCAUGGCAUGCUUGGUUCAAUAGCUAUUGACGAGAGAACCGAAUAUUCACCAAAUAUCCAGUAUAAAACACAUUUUACCUCUAUAUAGGUGACUUGCUCAAGGGCACAAUGGCAGUUACCUGAGAUAGGGCAGGACAAAUCUACCGCCUUGACUGACAAGGAAUACAAUCAGACAUAUAUUCUGGUAAAGGAUACAUUCAUCCUUAACCAUUCCUUUCCUUAUUUCCUUCAAUGACCAGAAAAUCAUACUUACCAUUACCUCCGUGUGCGUGAAUGCAAACUGGAUGGAUUUCGAGUGGUGCGUUUGACCGACCAGAUCCUUGUCAACGGCAAUGACUUUCUGACUCUGGACCGAUCCACGGACACCUGGACAGCUGAGGUACCCCAGGCCCUCGCCCUCAAACAGCUUUGGGACUGGGACACUGAGCGCAUGAGGCGGGAGAGGAUACAACUCCAUGAGAGCUGUACCGAACUGAUGAAGGAGCUCACAUAUUCUGAGCCCACCACCACUGGAGGUAAGGUUACAGGAGGAGGAAUACUUGGUGCCACUAUGCUUACAGUGUACACUGAAAGAGCAUUGUAUAGAUUAGAAGGCAACAGUGUGUAUGCAUGCGUGCAUCUGUUUAUGUAAAGUAUGUGUGUGUAUGUCAAGCUUGUGUCGGGUGUAACAACACCCUCAGCCUACACGCCACAAGAUCCACAGAAUGUUCCCUUUCUUUAGUCACUUGUUUAACAAUUUCUGAAGUACAGUAGGUCUUGCAGGUGAAUCCGGUGAAUUCCUGUUGUUGUAUGUUUCAGCAGGGAUGUCCAUGCUGACUGUCCUGGCUCCACUGUUAGCAUGCCUGGCCUUUAUUGCCCUGGUUAUUGCAAGCUUCCUCAUCUCUAAACGACAAGGUGAGUGACAUUAUAAAGCAUAUUUUGUAUGCAGCAGUACUACGUGUCUAAGACAAUUUCCCUCUCUGGGAUAUUAAAGUUCAUCCAAUCCUAUAUCAUACUGCCCAGUCUGGGAAUUUACAUUUAAAUGACAGAUUUAGAUCAAAGUGUGUCAGCUAUGUAGAAAGUUUAUUGCCUGCAAUGACAUUUUUAGAUACUAAAUUAUACUUGAUAUACAAUUCUAUAUUUAACUUUUGCAUCUCGAUUCGUAACAUUAUUGUACAAUUAUGAAAGUUAUAUUCCCCAUGGCAAUAGGAAAUAUGUAUUGUUUCUCUAUCUUUCUUCAGAUCCCAACGGUUCAGGACACCCUGGAGGUAAAGAUGUUUUCACUUCCAUCUCAUUGUCCCAAUCGGUUUCUUGGUUAACAGGAGUAUGGAACGAUUAAUAGAACAUUCAAUAUUAACAGAUGGGUUAGUUUGUUGACUAGGUACUGCUGUCUCCUAAACCACACCCUGUAAACAUUAACAUGACGGGGCACAGUCUCCUUAUCUUCUGAUGCUACUGGCUUUCUCUGUGCUUCUCUCGUUGGUGUGUGUUUGUUUUUCUUACACAGGUAGUUCCCUUUUUGUCAAAGGUGUGAAUCCUAGGGCCGAGGGUAGUAUUCAUGAUCACAGCGUUUGGUGUCAAUGCAUAUGUUGACAGUGAAUUAUUGAGAUUCCAUACUUCCUGGACAUUUCUACAUUUAGAAAGCUGAUGUUCAAACAUGUUGAGCAACAUUGUGAACAGCUGUUUUGGUAAAUCCUGAUUGUGUCCCAGUUGUAGGUCUAUGUCACUUGUGCCUCGUGCACACAACACGAGUGAUGUGUAUUUGCAUGUACUCUAUGUGCAUUGCACAACAGACUUAGUCUGGCUGACAACAAACUCGAAGUCCUCCUGACUUCAGAGUCUAGAGAGGCUGUUUGAUGUUGUCGGCACAAUGCGCGGAUAAUGAAGGGGUGUCACGCCCUGGCUCUGGGGACACUUGUAUGUUGAGCCAGGGUGUGAGUUUCCUUUGGGUAUUCUAGUUGUUGAAUUUCUAUGUUGGCCAGAGUGGUUCUCAAUCAGAGGCAACGAGUGUCAGCUGUUGCUGGUUGUCUCUGAUUGGGAACCCCAUUUAGACAGGCUGUUUUCCCACAGUGGUUGUGGGAUCUUGUUCCAGUGUGGUUUGUGUUAGACCGUGGACGUCACGUUAUCGUUUGUUGUUUUGUUCGGGUAAUCACUAAUAAAAGAAUAUGUUUGCCUUCAACGCUGCGCCUUGGUCCUCUGUUCCCGACGAAAGUGACAGAAGAUCCCAUCAAGACUGGACCAAGCAGCGUGUCCAGGAGCCAUCGCCAGGGAGAUCUCUAGCGGAUCUCCUUCGCCUCCUCGACUGGGUCAAGCCGUGUGAGGAAGAGAGGGGCUUGACUUGGAAGCAGAAGGGCGAAAGGCUGGCGAAAAAUAUGGAGACCUGGUCCACGGGUAGGAGAGAAGCCCAGACAUUUUUCAGGGGGGGGCUCACGCCAUGGACGACGGGGCAGCAGGAGACCGCGAUAGAGCGGCCCAGCGGGUUGGCAGAGGAGGCCGCCAGGUUACGGGGGCCACUGGUCAAAGAGGGAAAGGAAGGUGUAGAGGCACGGCGAGAGGUACUGGGGUGUGUUACCAGUCCGGUCUGGCCCGUUCCUGAUCCCUGCGUAGGGCCAGUGGUGUGUGUCCCCAGUACGGUCCGGUCUGUUCCUGUCCCUUGCACCGAGCCUGUGGUGUGCGUCACCAGCCCAGUCCGGUCCAUUCCUGCUCUCCGCACCAAGUCAGUGGUGCGCUUCGUCAGCCCGGUCCGGCCCGCUCCUGCUCCCCGCACCAAGCCAAUGGUGCGCGUCGCCAGCCCGGCCCGGCCUGUUCCUGCUCCCCGCACCAAGCCUAUGUUGCGCGUCGCCAGCCCGGCCUGUUCCUGCUCCCCGCACCAAGCCAAUGGUGCGCGUCGCCAGCCCGGCCCGGCCCGCUCCUGCUCCCCGCACCAAGCCUAUGGUGAGCGUCGCCAGCCCGGUCCGGUUCGUUCCUGCUCCCCACACCAAGCCAGUGGUGUGCGUCGUCAGUCCGGCACGGCCCGUGCCUGGUCCGGCACCGGUCAGCUGCUUCACGCCGGAGCUAGAGCAAUCCGCUCCACCAGUGUGCAGUCCAGCUCCGGCCAGCGGGGCCAGACUGGACCAGGGGUACUUUGGGGGGUUGGAGAGGGAGUGGGGAUCAGAGCCGGAUCCGCCGCCAAGGCGGAGUGCCAACCCGGUCCCUCCCCUGUGGUGUUUGGUUGGCGCGGCCGGAGUCCGCGCCUUUAGGGGGGGGUACUGUCACGCCCUGGCUCUGGGGACACUUGUAUGUUGAGCCAGGGUGUGAGUUUCCUUUGGGUAUUCUAGUUGUUGAAUUUCUAUGUUGGCCAGAGUGGUUCUCAAUCAGAGGCAACGAGUGUCAGCUGUUGCUGGUUGUCUCUGAUUGGGAACCACAUUUAGACAGGCUGUUUUCCCACAGUGGUUGUGGGAUCUUGUUCCAGUGUGGUUUGUGUUAGACCGUGGACGUCACGUUAUCGUUUGUUGUUUUGUUUGGGUAAUCACUAAUAAAAGAAUAUGUUUGCCUUCAACACUGCGCCUUGGUCCUCUGUUCCCGACGAAAGUGACAGAAGAUCCCACCAAGACUGGACCAAGCAGCGUGUCCAGGAGCCAUCGCCAGGGAGAUCUCUAGCGGAUCUCCUUCGCCUCCUCGACUGGGUCAAGCCGUGUGAGGAAGAGAGGGGCUUGACUUGGAAGCAGAAGGGCGAAAGGCUGGCGAAAAAUAUGGAGACCUGGUCCACGGGUAGGAGAGAAGCCCAGACAUUUUUCAGGGGGGGCUCACGCCAUGGACGACGGGGCAGCAGGAGACCGCGAUAGAGCGGCCCAGCGGGUUGGCAGAGGAGGCCGCCAGGUUACGGGGGCCACUGGUCAAAGAGGGAAAGGAAGGUGUAGAGGCACGGCGAGAGGUACUGGGGUGUGUUACCAGUCCGGUCCGGCCCGUUCCUGAUCCCUGCGUAGGGCCAGUGGUGUGUGUCCCCAGUACGGUCCGGUCUGUUCCUGUCCCUUGCACCGAGCCUGUGGUGCGCGUCGCCAGCCCAGUCCGGUCCAUUCCUGCUCUCCGCACCAAGUCAGUGGUGCGCUUCGACAGCCCGGUCCGGCCCGCUCCUGCUCCCCGCACCAAGCCAAUGGUGCGCGUCGCCAGCCCGGCCCGGCCUGUUCCUGCUCCCCGCACCAAGCCAAUGGUGCGCGUCGCCAGCCCGGCCCGGCCUGUUCCUGCUCCCCGCACCAAGCCUAUGGUGCGCGUCGCCAGCCCGGCCUGUUCCUGCUCCCCGCACCAAGCCAAUGGUGCGCGUCGCCAGCCCGGCCCGGCCCGCUCCUGCUCCCCGCACCAAGCCUAUGGUGAGCGUCGCCAGCCCGGUCCGGUUCGUUCCUGCUCCCCACACCAAGCCAGUGGUGUGCGUCGUCAGUCCGGCACGGCCCGUGCCUGGUCCGGCACCGGUCAGCUGCUUCACGCCGGAGCUAGAGCAAUCCGCUCCACCAGUGUGCAGUCCAGCUCCGGCCAGCGGGGCCAGACUGGACCAGGGGUACUUUGGGGGGUUGGAGAGGGAGUGGGGAUCAGAGCCGGAUCCGCCGCCAAGGCGGAGUGCCCACCCGGUCCCUCCCCUGUGGUGUUUGGUUGGCGCGGCCGGAGUCCGCGCCUUUAGGGGGGGGUACUGUCACGCCCUGGCUCUGGGGACACUUGUAUGUUGAGCCAGGGUGUGAGUUUCCUUUGGGUAUUCUAGUUGUUGAAUUUCUAUGUUGGCCAGAGUGGUUCUCAAUCAGAGGCAACGAGUGUCAGCUGUUGCUGGUUGUCUCUGAUUGGGAACCACAUUUAGACAGGCUGUUUUCCCACAGUGGUUGUGGGAUCUUGUUCCAGUGUGGUUUGUGUUAGACCGUGGACGUCACGUUAUCGUUUGUUGUUUUGUUCGGGUAAUCACUAAUAAAAGAAUAUGUUUGCCUUCAACGCUGCGCCUUGGUCCUCUGUUCCCGACGAACGUGACAAGGGGGCUGUGAUUUUACUGGUUGGCUCACCUCUUUCUUUCUCAAACACCCACAUGUACAGCCACACAGAGCCUCAGAGCGCCGCCCACUUCCAUUACAACAGUUUGAUUUUCAAAUCCAAACAACGAGAGAUCUCAACCCCCCAGGGGGAAGAAAAUAAAAUGUUUGAGAGAGCCAAUCAAAGCUCGAUCAAUUUUUGGGUGAAAAUGGCACCAGCAAAUGGACUCCUGUCCAGACCAGUGAGUCACAGCUCUCCCUCGCUGUGUACCACAUGAGUGAUGUCAGCCAGGCUACAACAGACGUGCAAUUGUUGCCUAAAGCAGUGACAUCAUGGGAAUGGCCAAAUAGUCCACUAUAGCAGAACAGUAAUGCAGAAGAAUAUACACUCUACCAAUAGGGAGAGAAUGAAGGACUCUUGAACCCUUCACUGCUGUAGCACUCUGUGGUUAUAACUCAUCUGCAUGUCUCCUACCACGUGUCUGGUGCAUGUGUUUGUGUUCUUGUCUUACUGUUGUGUCAUCUCUCAAGUGUUUACCGUUUUUUGGCAUAGUGUCUGUUGCUGAGGUAAACAUCAAGAGUUAACUGUGUGUGUAUGUCUCAGGUGUGUUUUACAUCUUCCUAAAUUGUGUGUGUUUCAUUUUCCUCCCUGCAGGUGUCCUUGGCUCCAUUGUCCACUACCCUCAGAAUGCCACAGAAACACUUCAGGCGUCACAAUCAGGAAAAGGCUACCAGGUCCUCUAA